AUGUACAAAUCGCAUAGCUUGCUUUGUGGAACAAUACAAAGAUUUUUCACAGAACAUUGUGAACAAUCGAAAUUCACCGAUGAAGAAAUAACUAUCAGUUGCAAUAUCCAAAAGUUACAUGUUUUUUUAAGUAAAAUUAUAUAUUUUGAAAAAAUUACUGAAGAAGAAUCCCUUCAGUACCAAGAAAACACGGUAUACCAAAGUAAUGCUACAAAAUUUGUGUUAUCUGAAUACGAACUCAUGAGUGAUAUUGAUUGGACGUCAACAUUUAGUAUUGCUAGUGCCACAUACGAUAUUUUUAACCAAACGCCAUCACAGGAUGUUCUAAAUAAAACAAUAGUACGUCAACAACUAUUGGUUCAAUAUGAUACUAUAAAAUUAGAAAAAGUGUUAAAAAAAUACAGUAUACUUUAUACUAUUGACAUAAGUAAAACUGAAUGUGCACCUGUGCCAAUUACUGAUCAGCAUGAAACAUAUAUUGUGGUAGGUCAUUUAAUAAUCUAUACGCUCCAAAGGCUUGAACAGCAUUUAACAUUUAUACUUAAAAACUCUAAUACAACCAUAUCCAAAUUAAACAAGGACCAAAUCGAUCAAAAUGUGUUGAGUCCAUUUAAAAAGUUAUGUGAUUAUGUUCCGGAAAUUCUUCUGUAUUUGUUCGAACAUGACCCAAAUUGUUUGAUUGAUACAACUUUAUUUAGUUUGUAUUUGUCCCUUUGCGGAAAUAAUAUGGAUUUUAUCGAUUUCCGUUGUCCCGCUGAAUACGAAGGUGAGUUGGAGAACAAACCGUUAUAUCAAUAUAAAUGUACUACGGAAGCAAUAAGAGAUAAAUUGCUGUGGAAUUUUUAUAGCCGAACUGGAGCACUUUUAAAAGAAGAUGAAUAUACGACAAAUUCAAUUAUUAAUACUGAUUGUUCAGAGUUAAAUUACAAAUAUAUUAAGGAAAUUUCUACUACCCUUACUGAUUUCUACAAUAAAAAAAAUACCGAAAUCAUAAUAUGGACCACGUAUGAUUGGUUAAGUUUAAAAUUAUUACUCACCGAG